CGGGGCAUGGUGUGUCACUUGACACAUCCUCGGCGACUCGGACUCGUGCGAAGAGCGACUCUGGUCCAUUUCAGCAUGCCGCCGAGCCGGGAAGUCGUCUCCAUCGUCACUGUCCGUGGUCCAACAACACCACCCCGACUCGGGAUGCUUUCCAAGGGCAAGCGGUGACGCCGAUUAUUAUGCGCGUAUAUCACGCCGCGCAGCAUCCAACAUCCAGCGCCCAUCAGCAGCGCCCAGCAUCAAGUGCCAGCGACCUACCAUCUGUUUCCAUCGAGCCCAUCGAGUUAUGCCACGACCAGACGCAGGAUGGGCGCGCUCCGCCCCGCCCGCCCACUCACGCGGCGACCUUUCCCUCUCCUCCGCAGUCGCCUGCUUCGCGGACGGAUACCACAUCGAUUCACCAUGCACAUUCACGCGCGAGCCGUUCGUCUACGCCCACUGUGCGCGGCCAUCCUUUGCCCAGCGCCUCCGCGCCCUCCUCCCAAAAGCACUGGCACCCCCGCCGCCGUACGUGCCGUCCUGGGAGGAGCUACCUUCGUACGAAGCGUAUCGGCUGCCGACGUACCGCGAGGCGCGGAGGCACGGCGCCGUCCUAGCUCUGUAAGACCUCGUACCUGUAUGUAAGAAAUGUAUGUACAACUUCUCGUCUCGUGGACCAUUCUGCUUUCCUCCCUGCUCUGGCC